UUCAACGUUGUAUCCAAAACGAUGACCCCAUUUCAGCAAUGGGUCUUCACUCUGAGAUCCUGAAGAGAGGUAACUGCUUAGACUUAUUUGCCACCAACAUUCUUUUGAAUAUGUAUGUUAAAGCUCAAUUAUUGUCCGAGGCGGAAAUUCUGUUCGAUGAAAUGCCGGAGAGAAACACGAUUUCUUUUGUUACUUUGAUUCAAGGGUACACGCAGAGUUUGCAAUUUGUUGAAGCUGUCGGGUUGUUUACUAGGUUACAUGGGGAAGGUCAUGAGCUUAACCCAUUUGUUUUUACUUCGAUAUUGAAGGUGCUUGUCAGCAUGGAAUGGGCUGAGUUGGGUUGGAACUUUCAUGCUUGCAUUUAUAAGCUUGGCCAUGAAUCGAAUGCCUUUGUUGGAACUGCUUUAAUUGACGCAUAUUCUGUUUGUGGGUGUGUUGAUUUCGCAAGAGAAGUUUUUGAUGGGGUUAGAUGCAAAGAUAUGGUUACUUGGACUGGAAUGGUGGCAUGUUAUGCGGAGAAUGAUUUUUUUGAAGAGGCAUUGCAGGUUUUUUCUCAAAUGAGGUUGAUUGGUUUCAAGCCAAACAAUUUCACUUUUGCUGGUGUUUUUAAGGCUUGUGUUGGACUUGAGGCAUUUGAUGUUGCUAAAGGUGUUCAUGGGUGCGUUUUAAAAGCUCGUUAUGAGCUUGAUAUCUAUGUAGGAGUUGCAUUGCUUGAAUUAUAUACCAAGUCCGGGAACAUUGGCAAUGCUCAACGAGUUUUUGAGGAGAUACCUAAAAAAGAUGUUAUUCCUUGGAGUUUCAUGAUUUCACGGUUUGCACAGAGUAACCAGAGUGAAGUGGCUGUUAGUCUGUUUUGUCGAAUGAGGCGAGCUUUUGUGGUACCUAAUCAAUUCACAUUUGCUAGUGCGCUUCAAGCUUGUGCAACUUUGGGGGAUAUUGAGUUCGGGAAGCAAAUGCAUGGUCUUGUGCUCAAGGUUGGUCUUGCCUUAGAUGUGUUUGUAUCAAAUGCCCUUAUGGAUGUCUAUGCUAAGUGUGGAAGGAUUGAGGAUUCAAUGCAACUGUUUGAGAAAUCAAUAAAUAGGAACGAUGUGUCUUGGAACACCAUGAUUGUUGGCUACGUUCACUGUGGGGAUGCUGUGAAGGCAUUGGGUUUGUUCUUGGAAAUGCUUGAAAACCGAUUACUUGCAACUGAAGUAACAUACUCCAGCGUCCUUUGUGCUUCUGCCAGUUUGGCAGCAUUGGAGCUAGGAACUCAAAUUCACUCGUUAGCUAUCAAAACAAAUUAUGCCAAGAACACUAUAGUUGAUAAUGCUUUGAUUGAUAUGUAUUCCAAGUGUGGAAGAAUCAGAGAUGCUCGUCUAGUGUUUGACAUAAUGAAUGAACGAGAUGAAGUUUCAUGGAAUGCUAUGAUCUCUGGGUAUUCUAUGCAUGGGCUAGGUAUAGAGGCUUUAAAAAUAUUUCAGAUGAUGCAAGACAGAGGGUAUAAACCAAACACUUUAACUUUUGUUGGUGUGCUAUCAGCAUGUAGCAACUCAGGACUAUUUGACCAAGGACAAGAUUAUUUUACAUCUAUGUUUCAAGAUUAUGGCAUUGAGCCAUGCAUUGAGCAUUAUUCUUGUAUGGUCUGGCUUUUGGGGAGGUCAGGUCAUCUUUACAAGGCUGCCAAGUUGAUUGAGGAAAUCCCAUUUGAGCCUAGUGUUAUGUUGUGGCGUGCCUUGCUCGGAGCUUGUAUCAUUCAUAAUAAUGUUGAGCUUGGGAGAUUGUCUGCCCAACGCAUUCUUGAGAUGGAACCUCGAGAUGAAGCAACCCAUGUGCUAUUGUCGAACAUGUAUGCUAUUGCAAGGAGAUGGGAGAAUGUCAGUGCCAUUAGGCAAAGUAUGAAAAAGAAAGGAAUGAAGAAGGAACCUGGUUUGAGUUGGGUUGAGAACCAUGGGAGAGUACAUUAUUUCAGUGUUGGUGACACUUCUCAUCCUGACAUGAAGGUGAUAAAUGGGAUCUUGGAAUGGUUGAACAUGCGAACAAGGAGGGCAGGCUUUGUUCCUAAUUGUCACGCCGUUUUGCUUCAUGUAGAGGAUAAAGAAAAGGAACGUCUCUUGUGGGUACACAGUGAAAGGUUAGCUCUGGCUUUUGCAAUGUUUAGAACACCAUCUGGAAGCCAAAUCCGUAUAAUUAAGAACCUCCGAAUAUGUGUGGAUUGCCAUGCUGCAAUGAAACUAAUAUCAAAGAUUGUGCAGCGAGAUAUUAUUAUCAGAGAUAUGAAUCGAUUUCAUCACUUUCAGGAUGGAAUUUGCUCUUGUGGUGAUUACUGGUAAUUGAUGUGUCUCUAUGAGAUCAAGCAAUCUUGGAGGGCUGGAGUUUUAAUCUUCUCUAAGAAAUUCAUAUUAAUUGAGGCUUUCUGCGGUUGCUGCCUUUAUGUCAGCCCAACUCAGCAAACAAUUAUUUUAGCAUUUUCUGUGACCAAUUGACCAUUACUCCAGCCAAUAAAAUGAAUUGCAAAAGGUUUGAAGGUAUGGCUUUACCUUAUAUGAUGACAUUUUUGUUAGUUUCUGCAAAUUUUCCUUGCUCAGUCUGUUUCUUGUAGAGGUUUUUGUGUGCAUAAAAAACUCCUGCAUUUGUGAAUGGUGGCCUUUAGACUCCUAGGAGAGCAAACUAUCUGCAUUUCUUCUUGCAUGGAUGCAUGACUUAUCAGUAGCAUCAGGUCUCUUCACCAAAGAUUUCCUGUUGGCUGUAUGCAAUCCCAAUGAAGAAGUUGUGGACAUUGAUAAUUGCUUUCAAAUUCAUUCAAUCGUUACUCUGACUGACCAAGAAGCUCUCUUGAGAGGACAUGAUUUUCUACUGCUGACAUCAGCGGGUGUCACAGGAGUCGAUCUACCACCGUCGAUUUUCUAUUGUCUGAUAUAUCCAGAGAAGCAUCAUAUUUUGCGAGUCUUACAACUUUUUGCUCCGUAUUCAUUACUAUAUAUUACCAAAUUAAUACUAAAAAAUGUCUUUCUAUAUUGAUCUGUUUGUGUAAAUGUUGAUUUGGCUUCAAUGUCAAAUCUAAUCUGUGAGGUUGUUGCUACAAAAGGAAGAUUUGGGAAAGUUAAGCAGAGUUUCCUGCUAGUCUGUUUACUAUGUUAUAUGCACUUCUUUAUUGUGGUCUUUAA